AUGGGAGGCAAGGUUCUUGCGAUUGCUGGAUGUACGAACGCUGGCAAAACGACAUUGUCAAAGACAUUGACUCAAAAAGUAGGUUUGUGUUAGAACAAGUCAUAAUCAGGCAAAGUAAACAAAAAGAUAAUAUAUUAACUUUGAUUUGCUAUAACUUUUUUCAAAAAAUUUUUGAAGACUUAAAAUUUCGUAAGAUUUAAGUUUGUUUAUAUGGCUAUUUAACUUAAAAAGCUGAUUUUUGAAAUUCUAUGAUUUUAAAAAGUUAUUAUCAUCAGAAAUAACGUUAUUACUAAAACCUUUAGAUCUCGGAAAUCUACAAGUAUUCGAUUACUCACAUUCUUCAAGAUGACUUCUUCUACACUCAGGACAAAGUUAGGACGAUUCAAAGCAAUACGGAUGACUCUAUCGUGUUCUACGACUACGAUAGUCCACGAUCUGUAGGUAACGCUUCAAAUCAAAAGUCUACAAUUUCAGUUAGAUGUGGAAAAGCUGAAGGAGACGUUGAUAGAAGCAAAGAAAAGGUAUGAGAUUGUGAUACUGGAAGGGAACUUGCUGACGCUACUGCCCACAGUUAUGGAAAACGUGGACAAGAUGUUGUUUUUGAGUCUGGACAAGAAGACUUGUGCUGAAAGGAGGGUACAAAGGACCGACUAUGAUCCUCCAGAUAUGCCUGGGUAUGUUCAAUGUUAUUGUCAUUGUAAAGGUCUGGAGUAAGAAUAAUUUUAAAGACUUACUUUUAUGACUUCCCUACUACUAUUUUAGUCUAAAAAUACAUUUAUUUCAACGAAAAUGUAGUAAAUUUUCCAAGACUACUAGAAUUGAUUGGUAUUGCGAUAGAAAACACAAUUUUUUAUGUAAACUUUAUUUCAAAUUAGUGUUUGCUAAUGAUAACGUACUUGUAGCUACUUCGAACAAGUCGUAUGGCCAGUGUACGAAGAAACUCUGUCAACGGCAGAAAAGAUGUCUGAAAGCGUGGAAAUUGUUGAUGGAAACAGGUCAGAUUUGGUGACCUAUGCUCUUAUGAAUGUAAGUGUUAUAUUUUUUAAUAUUUACGUUGUUUUAAUUUAUUUAUUGUAAUGUAGAGACUUUUUAUGACAAAAAUAAUCAUUAAUUAUCAAUAAUAUUAAAAUGAAUGAUUAUUUGUGCUUUUAUUAACAAUAUUUUUAGCUGUUUAAUACGUUUGGAAAUUAUGUACGGUUAACAACUGAACAAUUGAAUGUAGAAGCAAUUACGAAUACAGUAGCAUCUGAUCAAGCUGGAGGGAUUAGUAUUUUCAUUGGUAUGUUCUUACAUUUUUUUAAUUAUUUGGGCUCAUAAAGAACGUAGUAACUCUUGAUAUUUGUAUCUUAUAAAAAUAUUGUAUUUUAUAAAAAUAACAAAAUUACCGGUAUAAUAUGAAAAUACACAAUAUUUUCUUAAAAAAUAUAGUUUUUAGGCACAACUCGAGAUAACUUUGAAGGCAAAUCAGUGACGACUUUGUUCUACGAAGCCUACGAACCAAUGGCUUACCAAGAGUUGUGGUUAAUAUGCAAAGAAGUCCGAAGUAAAUACCCGAAUCUUCGCAGAAUCUGUAUUCAUCAUUUGUUGGGGGAAUGUCCGGUAGGGAAGAAGUCUGUGGUCAUAGCUACAAGUUCUCCGCAUCGAAAGGAUACCAUUGAUGCUACUGAGUUUAUCAUUGAUACAUUGAAGGUACGAGUGCCAAUUUGGAAGAAGGUAAGAGACUUCUCGUCGGUUAUUAAUGACACUUAUGAUUAUGUUACCGACAAAAAAUGAUUAUGUUCUGCAUAAUCAUCGAUCUUCUCAAAAGCCCGUUCAGUAAUGAUUUUAUUAAUGUUAUUAACACGACAGUAAGACAUUGUUUUAUCUGAUUGGCCAUACUUUCAGGAAAUCUACAAACAAGGAAGUGGAGAAUGGAAGGAGAACAAGGAAUCUUUGGUUCAUAUCAAUGCUAAUUCUAAUGGAAAGACCCUAUAA